AUGGUGUUUCUCUCUGGAAAUGCCUCCGACAGCUCCAAUUGCACGCACCCGCCGGCCUCGGUGAACAUUUCCAAGGCCAUUCUGCUCGGAGUGAUCUUGGGGAGCCUCAUCAUUUUCGGGGUGCUGGGGAACAUCCUCGUGAUCCUCUCUGUGGCCUGCCACCGGCACCUGCACUCGGUCACUCACUACUACAUCGUCAACCUGGCCGUGGCCGACCUGCUGCUCACCUCCACCGUGCUGCCCUUCUCCGCCAUCUUCGAGAUCCUGGGCUACUGGGCAUUCGGCAGGGUCUUCUGCACCAUCUGGGCGGCGGUGGACGUCCUGUGCUGCACCGCCUCCAUCAUGGGGCUCUGCAUCAUCUCCAUCGACCGCUGCAUUGGCGUGAGCUACCCGCUGCGCUACCCCACCAUCGUCACCCCGAAGAGGGGCCUCAUGGCUCUGCUCUGCGUCUGGGCGCUCUCCCUCGUCAUCUCCAUCGGGCCCCUGUUCGGCUGGAGGCAGCCGGCCCCGGAGGAUGAGACCAUCUGCCAGAUCACGGAGGAGCCGGGCUACGUCCUCUUCUCCGCCCUGGGGUCCUUCUACGUGCCGCUGGCCAUCAUCCUGGCCAUGUACUGCCGGGUGUACGUGGUGGCCAAGAGGGAGAGUCGCGGCCUCAAGGCCGGCCUCAAGACCGACAAGUCUGACUCCGAGCAGGUGACGCUCCGCAUCCACCGGAAAAACGCCCCGGUAGGCGGCGGCGGGGUGCCCACUUCCAGGAACAAGACGCACUUCUCCGUGAGACUCCUCAAGUUUUCCCGGGAGAAGAAAGCCGCCAAAACCCUGGGCAUCGUGGUCGGCUGCUUCGUCCUCUGCUGGCUGCCCUUCUUCUUAGUGAUGCCCAUUGGGUCUUUCUUCCCUGAUUUCAAGCCCUCUGAAACAGUUUUUAAAAUAGCCUUCUGGCUCGGAUACCUAAACAGCUGCAUCAACCCCAUUAUAUACCCAUGCUCCAGUCAAGAGUUUAAAAAGGCCUUUCAGAACGUCUUGAGGAUCCAGUGCCUCCGGAGAAAGCAGUCUUCCAAGCGGGCACUGGGCUACACCCUGCACCCGCCCAGCCACGCCCUGGAGGGGCAGCACAAGGACCUGGUACGCAUCCCCGUGGGGUCCGGAGAGACCUUCUACAAGAUCUCCAGGACAGACGGGGUCUGCGAAUGGAAGUUCUUCUCCUCGCUGCCCCGCGGACCUGCCAGGAUCGCAGUGCCCAAAGACCAGGCAGCCUGCACAGUCCGCGGGCGAAGUAAAGGCUUCAUGCAGGUCUGCUGCUGCGUGGGGCCCUCGCCCCCCGGCCAGGGAGAGAACCACCAAGUGCCAGCCAUUAAGAUCCACACCAUCUCCCUCAGUGAGAAUGGAGAGGAAGUCUAG